AUGAUGAGCUCGACCGGAUUCGCGGCUCUCCCUGGUCCUAACAAGCACCAAGUAAAAGAUAGUGGUCAUCACUCUAAAGCCCAGAAGGCGAGUUCAAAAGAAGCUAGAGCAGCGCGGAGACGGCAAUUGAGAGAAUACUACAAUCUUGGCUCUGCGAAUCAACGCACCACCACCACCGCUGCUGUACCACCAGAAGCAAACACGAGUCGAUCUGAUCGUGGUGAAGAUGCCGAUCCAUCAACACUCACCCCGCAUGCCCAUGCCCAGAAGUUGACCCCGCUACAAACCUAUUUGAAGCACCUUGACUCGUUGCGCGAAGAGCAGCAAGAUCAAAUGGUUCAAAAUUCAGGUUUGCCAGCGCCGGCGAUACCCAGUGGCGACGACUGGGGGAAUGUGGAACAAGGUCAAGAACUCGAUCAUCAGUCAUUGAAUUCUAAUUCAAACUCGAUUUCGUUGAAUUCUUAUACUACUGCCUCUUUGCUUAAUCCCAUGCCUUCGCCACAACCACCAGCAGCAGGACUGCCAUUACCAGCAGCACCGCAAGUUGAUGAAGAGUUGGAAAGUUUAAUCGCAAAAGAAAUCGCUCAACAUGAAUUUGGCCCCGAUGACUAUGCAACUCUCCAGGAAAUGUUGUUUGCGGAGAUACAUCACGGUCCAGGAGCUGCUGUUAAUUGUACUUUGGAUGAGUGCUCAUCUUUGGGGAAUUUCAAUCUAGGCAGUUAUUCUUGGUCCGAGGAAUGUGAGCAGCAACAGCAACAACAACAACAACAACAACAACAACAGAAGGAGCAACAGAAGGAGAAGCAGAAGGAAAAGGAGAAAAGGACGCAAUUUGGAGUGGUGCCGCCCAACAUUUUCCUCUUGCGCACGUUAUCCACGUAUCAAUUCGAGGACUAUGAUUUGGAAGAUAUGCGCAGGGAGGACGCUAGACAGCAACAGCGUAGAGCCAAUGCUCAAACAAUUAAAAUGGCUCCCCACGCAGAACCUGACUUUAUUCACGUUGCGAGCAAUGAAAAUGAAAAUGAGACUUUUUCAUGUGACGAUCCCUUGCGUGUCAUGCUUGAAACAAGUGAUCCAUUCUACAAGGAUGCGUGGGGCAAGCGGUAUAUCGAUGAGGAAGACGGGUUUGCAAAGUUGCCCACGUAUAAUCCCUUUGCUGUUGAAUUUGCCGGUGAUUUUUAA